AUGUAUGGGAAGCGUUCAAGAACUCUGCCAGAUCUCAACCAACCUGCUUUGCCUGAUCUCAACAAAUCCCCUCCUCCUGACUCUAGUCAUCAAGAGGAACAAGCAACACCAACUUCUGUUGCUCAUAAUUUUCAGGUUGUGUGGAUUCAUGAUGAAGGCAGUUCUACUAAUACUGGUGCUGCAUCAAUGAAAGGUGAGAUGAUAGGAAAAAGCGAAAGUGAUGAGAGUAGCUAUAGCUGGAUCAAAGGAUACUGGAACAAGUUCUGCGAAUGGAUAUCAUUAUCAUUAAAGAACAAGAACGACUAAAUCAAGGAUUCUAGCUUCUGCUGAGUAAUUGUAGGUCCAAUAAUGUCAAAGUGUUGAAGAAGAAUAUAUGUUUCAAUAAUUGUUUGUUUUUAUUUUGGCCUUUGUUUUUGUUUCCUAUGUUAAAAGAUCGAGCAUUAAGUACUGUUGUGUUCAAAUGGAUAAUUGUAUACCUUUUUUAUAUAUAAAUUUUA